AUGGGCCAACGACACCAGGCGUUUCUCAUCGCUCGUGUUCGUCCUAAACACGGCGAACCAGCAUAUCGCUGCAUAGCCGCUUGCCACCACCAAUUUUGCGCCGGGGUGUUGCCUCUGCGGGCCGUGUACCGCUUCAUCAGACUCAUCACCCAACCGGAGAAUGCGGCCAUAGUACGCACUGAGUUGCACGAGAUAGACGGGAAAUACGGCCGCUCUCGACAAGAUGGUGGUCGAAUGCCGCAGGUCCCUUGUCCUUACAGUGUUUCUCUUUUGGCGACUGCUUGGACUACCAAUCUCGACCCUAGUAUUGGGUCCCCACAAUACGACGGCUUCACUUUGAGACAUGCUGUGCUAGACGCAACGAUGGGGUGUUGGGGUGGUGAUAACAACGAGGGGAUCUCUAUUAUCGACGUCACCGACCCCCUACAUCCGGCUUACUGCUUUCUGAGACGGGAGCGCCCGCUCUCUGCGUAUGAGUAUCUAGAGGGAUACUACGGUAUGAAAGGUAAGUAA